AUGGCGACGUUGGGACAAGCGGCGCGAUGCUCGGCGUCCAGAGCCGCAGUUCAUUUGGCCACUGCUGAGAGCUUCACCGUACCCGCGGCAUCCGCGUCUCUUCUCGCAGCAGGUUCUACUUCUACCGCGAGGGCCAAGUCGCUAGAAGAUUCUAUUUGCUUGCGAUUGAAACACACCUGGUCAGAGCCUCGGCGGCCCUUAUCGUCGGCAUCCAGAGCUCGCGGCCGUGGCAGCUCCCGACAGACUUGCGCUGCACGUCGAGGCGUCUCUCCGCUGGUGACGAGCUACGACAGCGUUCCUGUGCCACGAUAUCCAGAACAGCAGCUACGACAAUACUUCCACACGUAUUUUGUCACGCAUCUACCCUCCUCGUCGCUUCACCCCGACUCGCAUCGCACAAUCGGCCCAGGCCACAAGCUGCCCCGCGAUGCGUCGACCCCUCAUACACCAAGCCCGGGAUCCUCCCCGGCUGUCUCAAUCCCCAAUAUGCAAAGUCGAGACUUGACCGUUGUACGAAUACCGCUGCGGAGGGCAAAACACCAUUUUGGCUCUGCAACAGCCAGAGGCAGCAGGCCGUACAAUGAGGACACAGACCAAGCUGGUACAGUGGACAUACCCGCCUUCGCCAAGAGGGGUCCCAUGAGCGUGAGGCAGAAGCCGGGCGAAGCAACUCCGGCAGACAGUGUGCUGGGGGAUCCUCAGAUAUUCUACUUUGGAGUCUUUGACGGUCACGGCGGCACACAAUGCUCUCACUUUUUGCGAGACGAACUACACGGGUAUGUCGAGGAAGCCGCCAUUGAAUUCGGCCUGCAGAGCAGCCUCCGCAAAAGCAAACCAGGACGAGAUCAACAAAACCCCUCAGCCGGCGAGAAGCCCAUAUCACGACGACGCGCCCUGGACUCAAUAGAAAUGAAGUCAGCAAAAGAAGUGCAAAAAGACAUGGAGGUCCCCAACCGAGAUAACCGGGGAUUUGUCGACCGUCCCAAUCACGGAGUGGCCCUGGCAAGCGCCGAAUCACCACCAGCCGAGUCGCAAAACGUGGAAAAGGCAAUCCAACUAGAACGCGAGCUCGUCAAAGCCUACGGCACCACCAUAGGCGGCUACUUCCGCCGCUUCAACCCCGAGCACUUCGACAUCUCAAGCGACGCCAGCAAAACGGCCUCCAUCACCGUCGAGUCCAGUCUUGCGUACGCGUUUCUCCGCGCCGACCUAGACUUUGUGUCUGCGCAAGCGCGCAAAGCAGACCCCGACGACUCAGACAUGCCUCUCAACGACGACGAGAUCCUCGGCGCGCCUCACGCAACGCCCUCUGGCCACGGCAUCGGCGGCUCUACUCGCUUCAAAGGCGGCUCAACCGCCUCCGUGGCACUCAUAUCCACGCCCACCACAGCACCCUUCUGGCAUCCGGCCGCAAAUUCCACCCUCGUAGCCGCCCACGUAGGCGACUCCCGCAUCCUGCUCUGCGAAACGGCCACCGGCCUCCCCCUCCCCCUAACAUCAGACCACCAUCCUUCCACGCCAACUGAAAGCCGUCGUCUUCGUCGCUAUGCCCCCGCUGGAUCCAUGGUCUCAGGCGACUCCUUCGGCGAAGAACGUAUCGCUGGGCUCGCAAACUCCCGCGCCUUUGGGGACAUCAAGUCCAAGCGCAUAGGCGUAUCUGCCGAACCGGAAAUCACGCGCGUUGAAAUGGGCCCCGCGCAGUACUCCUUCCUGGUCCUCAUGAGUGAUGGCGUUUCCGGAACCCUCAGCGACCAAGAGAUUGUGGAUGUUGUCAAGGAGGCAAGAACACCGGAAGAAGGCGCAAGAAAUGUGGUCGAGUAUGCGACUGAGGUUUCUAAGGACGGCGAUAACGCGACAUGUCAGGUUGUUAGGCUGGGAGGGUGGGAGAGACGCUCUGAGGGCGGACUAGGUAGCAUGGGCACCAAGGAGAUUAGGGAUAUUAGAAAGGCGGAGGCGCAGGAUCCGAGGAGGGGGAAGAGGUGA